AUGCCCAUCUAUGUAGUACGUGUAUAUCGCUACACGACGCAUCAAGCGAACCACAAGUUCGAGGCCCCUCCCGCCGCAAAAGGAGCUCCAGCACAGUCAGCCAGCGCCGCCGCCGCCAUUAUAGCGCGAAUACGAGAACAGAAAUCAAGAGACGGUGAUCCUUGCGUCCCUCUUCCUUGACUUGUUUCAAUUCGUCGGACUUUGGGCUGUCUUUUCGCUAAGUGACUCGCGUUUGCUAAGCUACUUGAGGUACUCGAGAGAAAGUUCGUGGUAGAGCGUAGUGAGAGUGAUUGGGCGCAAUGUAGCAUGAUUCAAUCAAGACUAAUCGGUAUAAGCAAUGCCGAGGGAAAAGAAACGUACGAUCUAGAAGCCCGGGGACUCUUAGAUAGACUUCGUUGCAUUGGACGAUCGUG